AUCAUACAAAAUUUUAGUUAACCUAUACUUCGCGAAAAAUAAAUAUUAUUUUAAGAAAUAAAUACUCUAACAAAGAUAAGUUUUGUUUUGACCACAAAAAAAAGGGCCACCGGAUCUUCCGUCACACGUUGCUCAACCCCUCCUUCCAACCUCAAUAACAUCAAGAAGACAUUCUACAAGAAAUUUUUGGUGCAAGUUAACAGGUAUUUUCCCAGUUAUUGUAUGAGUCAAAAAGUAGAAAAGCCAGUACUGUCAGGUCAGCGCAUCAAGACCAGAAAAAGAGAUGAAAAAGAAAAAUACGAUCCAACAGGCUUUCGAGAUUCUAUUAUACAAGGACUGGACAAGGCUGGAACUGACUUAGAGGCCAUUUCAAAAUUCUUAGAUUCAGCGGGUUCUAAACUCGACUACAGGCGUUAUGGUGAACCUCUGUUCGACAUCCUCAUUGCAGGUGGACUUCUAGUGCCUGGAGGGUCGAUAGCUCAAGAUGGAGACAAGUUGUGUAAGACCAAAGCUUGUGUCUUCGAGGCACCUGCUGACAUGGCGUCAAUGCGGAGCUAUGAACAGGUUUUCAUCAAGCUCAUGCGCCGUUACAAGUACUUGGAAAAAAUGUUCGAGGAUGAGAUGAAAAAGAUUCUAGUUUUUAUCAAAGGGUUUAAUGAGCAGGAACGUAUCAAAUUAGCUCGUAUGACUGCCUUAUGGAUCUCCAACGGUUCAGUUCCCCCAUCAGUUCUGCAGGUAUUAAUCAACGAACAUCUUGUCAAAGAUAGCAUUGCUCUUGAUUUCCUCAUUGAAGUAUUCGUAACAUGGAAGCAAGAGAAAGGGCUCCAGAGUUUGCUAACUGCCCUCAAGAGAGGUGGUUUGGAAGGAAGGCUGAUGGAGUUUGUACCACCCAACAAACGUACUGAGGAUUACUUCCGAACAGCCUUUGAAGAGAAAGGUUUGGCAGAAGUAGUCAAACUGCAUAUGGCUCAAGCAUGUCAGGAAGCCAAGAGGGACUUGCAGCAACAUCUGGAGGAUGAGCUUGGAGACGGGAAAGCAGUAAAAGAUAUCAUUGCAGACGUGCGUGACAUUGCUCAAAAACAUGUUAUCCCAGAACAGGAAGUCAUCACUCUGGUGUGGACAACUGUGAUGAACCUUGCCGAAUGGAACAAGAAGGAGGAGUUGGUUGCAGAACAGGCUUUGAAACAUUUGCAAAAGUAUACUCCUCUGUUUGCUGCGUUCACCAGUACAACCAAGUCUGAAAUGGCCCUCAUGCUCAAGAUACAGGAAUAUUGUUACGAAAACAUGAAUUUCAUGAAGAUCUUCCAGAAAAUAAUACUCCUUUAUUAUAAAACUAAUGUGAUCUCUGAAGAAGUAGUAAUGAAGUGGUACAAGGAUGGACACUCAGUGAAGGGGAAAAUGAUGUUUUUGGACCAGAUGAAGAAGUUUGUUGAGUGGCUCCAGAGCGCCGAAGAAGAAUCCGAGUCUGGUGAAGAAGAAGACUAAAUUAACAAUAUAAUGCAUGUAUACAAGUUGCAGGUCAUAGAACGUAAAUUUCAAGUACUGAUGCAGGACAUCAACACAUCACAGAUCCAUUCUUCCAGAUGUGUCUCAUCCGACAUUUACACUGAAACAAACAAAUCCAGGGUGGUUGGUUCGACUUAUUUAUUAUUUAGGGCUGCUUGAUGUGAGAGGUGAAUACUGCUGUGCACAUAACCCAGACUCUCGUGCGUGUUUACAACUUUUUAUCAUUGUAAUGUUUUUACGAAAUAUAUUUUGAUACUGA